AUGACUUCUGUUCUUUCUGAAUGUUCUGGAUGUACUCAGUACACUACAACGUUUACUUCUGCAGACUCUACAGGUGGAAUCGGAACUUAUACAGGCAUUGUUGGUGUUACUACGGAUUCAAGCGGUGAUUUGACCACUCUGACGUCUGUUUUUGCUCCUUCGGAAUGCUCUCACUGUACCGAAUACACCACAACUUUUACUUCCGCAGACUCUACAGGCGGAACUGCCACUUUCACUGGUGAAGUCUUGGUCACUACAAAUUCAGACGGAGCCUUGACUACCAGAACUUCUCUUCUUUCUCCAUCAUCCGAAUGUUCUGGAUGUACAGAGUACACCACCACUUUCACGUCUCUCAACUCAGAUAGCUCCAUUGCUACUUUCACAGGUGUUGUUGGCAUCACCACAAAAUCUGAUGGUGUUUUGACCACCCUGACGUCUGUGAUUCCCGGAUGUGUUGGAUGCACAGAAUACACUACCACUUUCACAUCUGCAGACUCAAAUGGAGGCGUUGACACUUUUACUGGUGUUGUCGGCGUGACUACAAACUCCAAUGGGGAUUUGACUACUAGAACUUCUGUUCUUUCAGAAUCGACAGCAUGCGAUGAAUGUACAAAGUAUACAACAACAUUUACAUCUGCAGAUUCUACAGGAGGAGCAGGAACUUUUACGGGUGUCAUUGAGGUCACCACCAAUUCAAACGGCGAUUUGACCACUCUGACUUCUGUGAUUUCUGACUCUGAAUGCUCUGGAUGCAUCGAAUAUACUACUACCUUCACCUCUGCAGACUCGACUGGAGGAACGGGAACUUUCACUGGUGUUGUUGGCGUCACCACCAAUUCUGAUGGUGCUUUGACUACCCUGACUUCUGUUAUUUCGGAAUGUUCUGGCUGUACUGAAUACACCACCACAUUUACCACUCUUGAUGCUGAAAGUUCUCUUGUUACGUUGACUGGUGAGGUCGAAGUUACUACAAACUCCAAUGGCGCUUUGGUGACUCUGACUUCCGUGCUUUCUGACCCUACGUCUUCUUCGGAGUGUUCUGGGUGUACCGAGUACACUACAACUUUCAUUUCAACUGACUCAACCGGUGGAGUAAACACUUUGACAGGUGAAGUUGUUGUUACGACAAACUCGAAUGGUGCUUUGACCACCGAGACCUCUAUACUUACGGAAUCUGCAUCCGAAUGUGCUGGUUGUACGGAAUACACUACUACUUUCACCUCUGCUGAUUCUACUGGGGGUGUGGCUACAUUGACAGGAGUUGUUGGUGUGACUACCAAUUCAAAUGGUGCAUUAACCACCAGUACUUCGGUUAUACCAGGAUCGAAUGAGUGUUCCGAAUGUACGGAGUUUACCACAACACUCACCUCUGCGGAUUCGACAGGUGGAGUUGGAACUGUCACUGCUGUCGUUGGCGUUACCACAAACGUGAAUGGUGCAUUAACCACUAGGACAUCUGUGCUUGCUGCUUUCGAAUGUAUUGGAUGCACAGCGUACACUACAACGUUUACUUCUGCUGAUUCCACUGGAGGAAGUGGUACCCUCACUGCUGUUGUUGGUAUCACCACAAACUCGAAUGGUGCGUUGACUACUACAACGUCUGUUAUUCCAGCAGUGGAGUCCGAGUGUCCUGGAUGUACGAUAUACACCACAACCUUCACUUCUGCCGAUUCGACAGGCGGAGUAGCGACUCUUACUGGUGUGGUUGGUGUCACGACAAAUUCAAACGGUGCAUUAACAACUCUGACUUCUGUUAUUUCUGCUUCUGCAUGUGUUGGAUGUACUGAGUACACUACAACAUUCACAUCGGCUGAUUCUACAGGAGGAAUUGGAACUUUCUCUGGUGUGGUCGGCGUGACCACAAAUUCAAAUGGUGCUUUGACAACGCUGACUUCUCUUAUUGCCUCUGCAUGUUCUGGUUGCACCAAGUACACCACUGUUUUCACAUCCCUCGAUGCAGAAAGUAGUCUUGUCACCUUCACUGGUGUCGUUGACGUUACUACAAAUUCCAAUGGAGCUUUAACGACAAGAACGUCUGUUAUUCCAGGAACGGCUACUGAAUGUGUUGGAUGCACUAAGUACACUACAACAUUCACCUCUGCUGGCCCUACUGGUGGAGUGGAGACUCUCACUGGUGUCGUUGAUGUUACUACCAAUUCGAAUGGAGCUUUAACUACACUGACUUCUGUGAUUGGCGGAUGUUCAGGAUGCACAGAGUACACAACGACAUUCACUUCUGCAGACCCUACUGGUGGAAUUCAAACUCUAACUGGGGAAGUCAUUGUUACUACGAACUCAAAUGGUGCAUUGACUACGCUUACUUCUGUUAUUUCUGAAUGUUCUGGCUGUACUGAGUACACCACGACAUUCACGUCAACUGACUCUACUGGUGGACUGGAAACCUUAACUGGUGAAGUCAUUGUUACUACAAACUCAAAUGGGGCAUUGACUACGCUGACGUCUGUCAUUCCUGGAUGUGUUGGAUGCACUGAGUACACUACAAGGUUCACUUCCCUUAAUGCAGCGAACUCACUUGUUACUCUUACUGGUAUUGUUGGUGUGACGACAGAUUCUAAUGGCAUCUUGACUACCAGUACAUCUGUUAUUCCUGCCACUGCCACUGAAUGUUCUGGAUGUACUAAGUACACCACAACGUUCACGUCAGCCGACUCCACCGGUGGUGCCAUCACAUUGACUGGAAUAGUUGAUGUAACUACGAAUUCAAACGGUGCUUUGACGACUUCGACAUCAGUUAUUCCUGCUGCUGUUUGUUCCGGUUGCACCCAAUACACCACCACAUUUACUUCUACAAAUCCUACUGGCGGAUUAGACACGCUUACAGGUGUUGUUGACGUGACCACUAACUCCAACGGUGCAUUGACCACUAGAACUUCUAUCAUUUCUGGAUCAGUUUGUUCUGCAUGCACUGAAUAUACUACGGUGUUCACAUCAACGGACUCGACUGGUGGUAUUGGAACCUACACUGGAGUUUUUGGCGUUACGACAGACUCCAACGGAAUUUUGACCACUCUGACUUCUGUUAUUCCUGCCUCUGUCUGCGUUGGUUGUACCGAGUACACUACUACGUUUAUUACUACAGACUCCACAGGAGGAAUUGCUACUGUAACUGGAGUCGUUGACGUGACUACUAAUUCUAAUGGUGCUUUAACAACGUCAACGUCGGUUAUUCCUGGCUCUAGUUCUGGUUGUGUUGAGUGCACCGAGUAUACUACAACUUUCACUUCUCUCAAUGCUGCAGGCUCUCCUGUGACUCUUACAGGUGUUGUUGGUGUAACCACUGAUUCAAACGGUGUUUUGACCACCUCGACUUCAGUUAUUCCUGGAUCUUCUGUGUGUUCUGGAUGCACUGAAUAUACUACAACAUUCAUCUCGACAGACUCGACUGGUGGUGUUGACACUUUCACAGGAGUUGUUGAUGUCACUACAGACUCGGACGGAAUUUUUACUACUCUGACCUCUGUUAUUUCGGCUUCUGAAUGUUCUGCUUGUACUGAGUACACUACCACGUUUAUUUCUACAGACUCUACUGGUGGAACUGCAACUUUCACUGGAGCCAUCGGUGUCACUACCAACUCCGACGGUGUUUUAACGACUUGGACGUCUGUUUAUGUACCCGAAACAUCUCUGUUCCUUGGACACCAUAAUAAUUCGAGUGCUGCUUCAGUAUUUCCUACGGCAACUGUGUCACGUCUUUCGUUAGGGGAGAGCGUUUCUUCCACUUCGAACAGUUUCGUGACACUGCCUGGUUCGGGACCAGUUUUGCUGACAAAGGACUCACAAGGUGCUGUUUCUCCUGUUACUGGAGAAGUAGAGGCAACAGCCUCGGCUCUUUCUGGAGAUGCGACAGGUACUGGUAAACCACUUAGCCUUUCGGUUUCUGGUUCUUUGGCCACAAACAAACAAUCCGCAAGCGGGGUUAAAGGAGCUGACACUCAGAAUACAGUGGUGCAUGUGAGUGGUACUGGAUCUGUUUCUGCCUCUGCGAUAGAUUUGCUUCAAGGUGAUUCAGACUAUUCGGAUACUGCUGCUUCGUACAUCCCGAAGCCUACUGGCGUAUAUCCUAACGGUCAACUGGUAAUAAGUACACUCACGUACAGAACUUCUGCCGCGGAGAUUCCUCAGAAUUCUGGUUCUCCCUCGGCACCAAGUGUCAGCUUCACUGGAGGUGGCAGUCUCAAGAGAACCUCUCUCUUCGUGACAAUGUUGUCUAUUUUUACAACUUUGCUUUUCUAG